AUGGGCCAGGUUCAUGAAAACCACUUCACGGCCUUUAUUUAUCGGCAGGGAUCAUCAGUCAUAGAAUAUGGUGAUUCCAUGCACCAUGCACCUCCACUGCACAUUCUUUCGAUACUCCAGUGGGUUUUUUCCGGUGUCAUUCAACAUGAAAUCAAACACAUCAGAUGCGGCGUUAUCUCAAAGCAGGGGGUCAGCAAUGGCACUGGAAGCUGUGGUCUGGCUGCACUCAAUUUUAUUCAGCUUGCUGCUGGAACCCCGAAAGGACUUCGACGAUGGACAGGUUCCAAGUCCAGGCUUUUUCGUGAUGCUGCCCUAGAAUGCUUGCUAAUUUUUCACCACCUCGCAACACAAUCAGAUGGCACAUUUAUGGAUUGGACUUCGAAAUUUUUCGAAGGUGAAGCAAUCUCUGGGAGCCCUGGGAUCGAUUCAAUGGCCACAGGUUACAAUGACUAUAAAUUAUAUGUGCCUUUGAUGGACCACCUAUCUCGUGUUUUGACAAAUUAG